CGCCACUGAAACACAGAACUCACUGUGCAGAUGUCUGAUAAAAUAUCAGAUCCUCAGGAUGAAGAAGAGAUGGAGUUUUUCACACAGCAGCUCCUGUUACUGCAGGAGAAAGCCAUGCUGCAGAAGUCAGUGAGGGAAGAGAAGAAACUGCUUGUUGAAAAUGCCAAACUGAAGAAAGACAUCAGUGAUCUGAAGAAUAACCUGCAGGAAACACAGAAGAGGAAAGCAGUGAAGCUGCAUCAGGAGCGAGUUCUGACGGCAUCAAUCGCAUCUAAGUCGGCCCUGCUGGGGGAACCGGCCCCGUCGCCGCGCCUCACCGGGGCCCGAUCGGACCCGAGCUCGUCUCGCCCUGAGGGCCGGCGCAGGAGAGAGCGCAGAGGUGUGGACGCGGCGCUCCUGAAGACCUCUGAGUCGGGUCUGAUGCGCGAGCAGAAACCCGACGUGUCCCGUCUGGACCUGCGGGUCGCUCGGAUUCUGGACGUUCGGAAACAUCCGGAUUCGGCGUCACUGUACGUCCAGGAGGUGGAGUUAGGAGAACCCGCCCCCAGAACCGUGGUCAGCGGACUGGCCAAUCACGUGCCUCCAGAACAGCUGGUGGGCUGCCUGGUGGUGUUGUUGUGUAACGUACGGCCAGUGAAGGUUCGAGGUGUUCAGUCGCAGGCCCGCCUCCUCUGCGCUGUCAAUCAAGAGAGCAUGGAGCCGUUGACUCCGCCCACUUCUGCUCAGCCUGGCGACAGAAUCACGUUCCAGAAUUACCCCGGUGAACCAGAGAAAGAGCUGAACCCCAAGCAGCGGAUCUGGGAGCGCUUGCUGCCCGACCUGUGCACAGAUGCGAAGGGCGUGGCCUCCUAUAGGGGCGGGGCCUUUGAAGUGCGAGGGAAGGGCCUCUGCCGGGCCCCGAACAUCAGCAACGGCGGGAUCAAAUAACAAUAACAGCUCAUCAACA